AAAAAAAAACACAGCCAGGAUGAGCAGCAAAGAGGAAGAGCCCAGCCACCCUGACGGCAGCGUGAAGAAGAUGCUCAAAUGUGUGGUGGUCGGGGAUGGAGCGGGGAAGACCUGCCUGCUGAUGAGCUACGCCAACGAUGCUUUUCCGGAAGAAUACGUUCCUACGGUGUUUGACCACUACGCAGUGACAGUGACAGUCGGAGGCAGACAGCAUUUGCUUGGACUUUAUGACACUGCAGGACAGGAGGACUACAACCAGCUCAGGCCUCUCUCUUACCCCAACACGGACGUGUUUUUGAUCUGUUUCUCCGUGGUGAACCCUGCCUCGUACCACAACGUCCAGGAGGAAUGGGUGCCGGAACUGAAAGUCUGCAUGCCCCAUGUGCCUUAUGUUCUGAUAGGAACACAGAUUGACCUACGAGAUGAUCCAAAAACCUUGACUCGACUGCUCUACAUGAAGGAGAAGCCCCUGUCUUAUGAACACGGCAUCAAACUGGCUAAAGAGAUUGGUGCCCAGUGCUACCUGGAGUGCUCAGCCUUGACUCAGAAAGGCCUGAAGGCCGUCUUCGACGAAGCAAUACUCACCAUAUUCAAUCCCAAGAAAAAAAAGAAACCGUGCGCUGAAUGCGGCAGCUGCUGUCGAGUUGUAUGACGAUGACCGGAGUAUCGGAACGGGGUUGGGCUGGUGUUUGGCCAGAGUCUUCCCAUCCCACAAUUUCACACCUGCACAAAGGAUUGAAGGACAUGACCGGAAAGGAGGGAGAUCUUCCCCAUCUGUGACUCCUCCUAAGCUUGCGCCUUCUCUUCGCCUUCUCACAUCUUACCUGCUUUUUUCUAACCGCUACAGAGCUGUAGAUACAAACAGCUGGUCCAUAUCGUGGUCACUUUUCCUCAGGCAAAGCUAGCUGAUAAAGUAAAGCAGCUGAGAGAACUCUUCCUGCGGUGUCAGGAUCCG